AUGUCGCCCACGCUGGCUACGCUUGGCCUCCGUGCCCACAAAACCUUUACUAUCUGUUUGCUCAGCCUUUGGAUAAUCGCCGCUCUGGGCUUUACCGCCCUGGAAUUCACGGACAAUGCAUGGCACUUUCUCGAUUCAUUUCUUUCCACUAGCCUCCUCACCUACCUGGUUUGCCGCUUCAUUGUGGUCUUCCAGGAAUACCCUCGAGAUGGUUCCAUGGCAUAUCGCUUGACUAGCGCGCACCACCGCCAGUCGCGCCGUGAGGCACUCGCUACGAUUCUGUUCUGCUGUGGCUGGAUGUAUGAAGUCAUUUGGAAAUUAGUGAUUAUGUUCUUCUUCACAAUGAUCUGUGGCGCGAUGUUUGUACACGAUGCCUUUGGCGAUACGAUGAUCACAAUGGAGAAUGAUUCAAAAGAUGAGCCAAAUAUGGACGUGCAAAAGGCCCUGGAGAGUAUGGAGAAGGCUAAACAUGACCUUGGCUUCGACCCUGUCAAGCAGUUUGGUUGGGUAUCGCCUAAAGUUUUACUUUUUUGCCUUUGUUUGGGCUGGGUGACAAUUGUCACGCUGGGUCUCUAUAUACUGCGCAUUACUGGUAGGCUGUUUAAAGUAUUGUUUAGGCUCCCAUCAGAGGAGCCUGCUGCUCACAAAGCAUAUACCGCUUGA